GAACCCAAAACAAGUUUCAGAAUCAGAGCAACUUCUUCUCAAAAUGCCAGGCCUCACCAUCGGAGACACCAUUCCUAACCUUGAUGUUGAAACCACCAAUGGCAAAUACAACCUCCACAAGUUCUGUUCUGAUAGCUGGACCAUCCUCUUCUCCCAUCCAGGUGAUUUCACUCCUGUUUGUACCACUGAGCUUGGUAAGAUGGCUCAGUAUUCCAAGGAGUUUUAUCAAAGAGGAGUGAAGCUUUUGGGCAUGUCCUGUAAUGACAUUAAAUCCCAUAAUGAGUGGAUCAAAGACAUUGAAGCCUACACAUCAGGUGCAAAGGUGGACUAUCCAAUCAUUGCUGAUCCAGAAAGAGAACUCAUCAAGCAACUCAACAUGGUUGACCCUGAUGAGAAAGACUCCAAUGGUAACUUACCCUCCAGGGCUCUUCACAUAGUGGGGCCAGAUUUGAAGAUCAAGUUGAGUUUUCUGUAUCCUGCAACUACUGGCAGGAACAUGGAUGAAGUGCUGAGGGUGGUGGAGUCACUGCAGAAGGCCUCAAAAUUCAAGGUUGCAACACCAGCAAAUUGGAAGCAAGGGGAACCUGUUGUGAUUCAACCUGGUGUGACUAAUGAGCAAGCUAAGGAGAUGUUUCCUCAAGGUUUUGAGACCAAAGAUCUUCCAUCCAAAAAGGAAUACUUGCGUUUCACCAAAGUAAACUAGUUUGAUGUGCUUAACCUUUUCAGCUAAUGCCAUCUAGUUGUAUAUCUACCCUGAUGAAAUUAUGUGUAGUAAGAGUACACUCUUUUGUAUGUGCUUUUUGUUAUGUUAUAUAUAUGAAAGACUAUACUUUAUGUAUCCUUUUGUUGAUG